AUUUCUUGUUUUUGUUUUGUGGUUUACGUCACUGGGGUUUUUUUACUUUGUUUCCGCUUAAUCCUUAUUUGUUUUCAAUUAUUUUCACACAAUUUAUUACUAGAUCUCGAAAAUGGCUAGCAAGCUAAGUGCCAAGUUUUUAGAUUUAUUCAAAAACCUCAAAUCGGAUGCUGUACCGAGGCCACCGCGGCAAAAUGAUUCAUCCCCGCAAGAUAACUCACAAACAGAAGCACAGAAUGACAAUGUGGAUUUCGGGGACGACCAGGAAGAAAUAUUUGUCGAACAAGAUGAUCCUAAGAAAGGCAAGAAGAAGCCGAAGUAUAAGAAAUCUUUCUCCACACCAAAUAGAGAUACUCCCGAUAUGCCAGAGGACGAUGAUAGACGGAGCAGUAACGCAAGUAGCACCGUCAACACUCAAGCAACUGGCAAUGUCAUUAACAUAGUGAACUCCAACAACGUCCGAUGUGGGAACGAACUUGUGUACUACAUGGGCCCUGUUUAUGGCCAUCGUGGGCAGCCAAACGCAUCUGCAAAUUUUGAAGAUGAAGAACCUGUUGAGAAAACUAACUUAAUUAUCCGCCUGUUAGAAGCUACAAAUAAGCCUGAACAUGAUUAUAUUGAAUAUAUAUCAAAACACUUGGGCAAGAACUGGUACAGUUUCUUCAGAAGACUGGGUUAUAAGCAAGGAGAAAUUGAAACUGUUGAAAUUGACAUGGCCAAACAUGGAGUAGCAGAGGCUCGUUACAAAUUGCUACUUGAUUGGAUCCGCAACGACGAUGACGGUACAUUGGGAAAAUUAGCUAACGUUCUGUGGGAGGACGGUGAGAGGCAGAUUGUUAAAGAAAUGGCCGCCAUGUACAACAAAGGUUAAUAACAAUGAAGCUGGUCGGAAGUACAAAGUAAUUGAGCAAUAACGUAUUUUUACUAGAGAAGUAAAUAUAAUAUUAAUCAUUUAUAUUAAUGUUGUUGUAAAAUUGAUUAAUAUUCAUAAGUUGAUAUGUUUGUAUAUAUAGAUUGACAGAGAAGGUUUUUGAAGUACAAUUCUUAAAUAAGUAUCAUUUAUUGUUAUUGUUUAUGUAAAGAAUGGAUGCAUUUUCAAUUUAUAAUAAUAAUAAAAAUAAUAUUUUAAAUUUGUAUUAGAAAAAUAUAAAAUUGCAUGCUAUUUGGGAUAUAGGUAUGAAUUAGUUGUAAAGAUGGUUAACCAGUGGUUAAUUGGUGGUAGCAGGUAAAGUUAUCAGCUUGAAUUUUAUAUAGGUAUAAAUAUAUACCUAUAUAAAAUUUAAAUGUGUCAGGCAAGGGUUUACCUACAUUAAAGCUAAGUGGUCAUGAUUUCUCAAAUCAUCCUGAAGAAAACAUUAAAAGAACACGCUUUAUAUACCUACUUGAACGAUUUAACAUCUUUGUUACCUGCUACCUCCCAAAGUUACCAUAGUCCAUGGUUGUCAACUACAUAUAUGUAUUAACAUAUAAACUAUUUAUGUAAAAACAUAUAUAUUAGAAGUUUGAGCUGACGAACUUUCAGCUUUUAUAAAAUCACGAAAGUCUGAUCAUUGCAUGCUGAUAGUCCAUAAUACGUUUACUUUAAACCUAAUCUAUUAAAGAUAAAAGAUAUGAUUGUUCGCAUUGAGUAGGCUCCGAAACUACUGAACCGAUUUUAAUCAUUCUUUCACUGGUGAGUAGCUACAGUUUCCCUGGGUGCUAUAGGCUAUAUUUUAUCCUCGUAUACCUACGGAAACGGUAACUACGCGGGUGAAACUGCGUGACAUCGGCUAGUUUUAAAUAAUACUCAAAACUGUGUAGCUGAUUUAUUGACCAGUAAUAGGUAUUUAAUUGUAAAAUCUUGUUUUGUAAUGAACGCGUUAAGUACUUGAGAUUUCAAUUUAUAUGUAUAAUAAAGACAUGUGCUUAAAUCAUAGUCGCUAAUUGUUUUUGUAUAUAAAUUAUCUAAAAUUUGGUUUAAAAAUACGACAAAAA